AUGCAGUGGAUCAUGCACGACUGGAGUGAUGAAGAUUGUAUCAAGAUACUGAAAAAUUGUCGAGAAGCAAUACCAGAAAAAACUGGAAAGAUUAUAAUUGUGGAGGUAGUUUUGCAGCCGGGCGGUGAUGGUCCAUUUGACAAGGUAGGCCUGAUGCUUGAUCUGGCGAUGCUCACCCACUUUUCAGGGGGGAAAGAGAGGACUGAGGUUGAAUGGAAAAAGAUACUAGAGGAAGGAGGCUUUUCAAGUUACAAGAUCAUCAAAAUCCCAGCACUUCAGUCCAUCAUUGAGGCCUAUCCACUGUGA